AUGGCUUCUCUUUUCCUCAAUCCUCCCCUCUUGGUGGCACUCCUUUCCCUCUCUCCCUCUUCUCCAACACUUCUCCACACACGUUACACCAAGAGGAGACGCGGGGCGACCUCUGCUUCAGGCGGCGAGGAGCCGUGGCGAACCACUCAGAGGCAGCACCUGAAUGGGCUGCUGAAGGAGACGCGGGGCGACCUCUGCUUCAGGAGGAGAGGAGCCGUGGCGAACCACUCAGAGGCAGCACCUGAAUGGGCUGCUGAAGGUUCUUCCUUCCAUACCGUACUAGUGCUUCCCCCACCCCCCGUCGCCCACAUCUGUUCACGCAUGUUUUCCUUCACCAUGAGGAGACGCGGGGCGACCUCUGCUUCAGGAGGAGAGGAGCCGUGGCGAACCACUCAGAGGCAGCACCUGAAGGGACCGCUAUAUUUCCUCCCCUUUCCGCUCCUUCCCUCUUGCGUGACCUCUUUUCCACACACCUCACUCCACCAGGAGGAGACGCGAGGGGAGCUCUGCUUCAGGCGGCGAGGAGCCGUUGCAAACCACUCAGAGGAAUCUCCCGAAGCUGCGACCACCUCUUCCGAAGCUGCGACCACCUCUUCCGAAGCUGCAGGUUCGGAAGAUCAGAUUCGGCAGGAGCAGUGGGAGGCGGGCGGGCGUGUGGUGCUAGACGGGGGGCAGCAGAUCACCCUCCUUCCGGGCGGUCUUGCUCUCUCCGCCCCCUGCUGUGUGCCCCGCGGCCGAGCCUUCUUCUUUGAAACCAUCCUGGCAGAACCGGGGGAGGGAGAGGGGGUGGAGAGGCAAGGAGGCGAGGGGCACGGGCAGGAGGAGCAGGUCAAAGGGGGUGGGCGUGUGGUGCUGGACGGGGGGCAGCAGAUCACCCUCCUUCCGGGUGGUCUUGCUCUCUCCGCGCCCUGCUGUGUGCCCCGCGGCCGAGCCUUCUUCUUUGAAACCAUCCUGGCGGAACCGGAGAAGGGAGAGGGGGCGGGGGUUGGGGUGGAGAGGCAAGGAGGCGAGGGGGUGGGGGUUGGGGUGCCUGGAGCAGAGGGCUUUUUACGAGGCCCCGCUAACAAGCCUCAAGAACCGGAGCCCUUUGUCGCUUCUACCGAGGAUGAUACCGCGGUGGAUGAAUCGGGUCGUGACCUGCGCUCACCUGAUGUUUGCACAACAACGACUGAUCCUUCCCCUCCAGAAGCGACAGCACCUGUAACGGAGAUAGGCGCUGCGGCUGGCGACUCUGCGACCAAGAAGCGGAAAGACUCAAGCGGGUCCAGUGGAAAGCAGUGGUGGCGACAACCGAAGCCCUCUGUCUCGGGGGGGACACGUCCAAAGGCACGAGUGCAAGACGAAGGGAGUGAUGAAGAGGAGGAGGAAGACGGCCUGCCGACUGUUGAAGAGAUGGCCCGUUACCCCGAAGUUGCUUUUGCUAUAGCGCAUAAGCGAUUUAAGACGUCAUGGGAGUCUCUAUUUUCGUGGCUGAUUCUAACUCGUGAUGAUGUCGGCUUCCGUAUUUUGAGAUGCAGCACGUGCUUGGAGCACGGCGAGGAAGGCGCGAACACGGCAUAUGGCAAGGGUGGCAGUGGAGGGCGUGACAUGCAGAAGGGGAGCAUCCGGACGCACCAGCGCUCCACCGCCCACCAGGACGCACACGCCGUGUUGAAGUCGAAGGAGAGCCGGAAGCUGCGUCAGGCGUUGAUCAGCGAGUUCGAGGGGCUGGAUCGUGGUACGCAUCACAUCAUCACCGCUCUGAAAACUACCGUGCACACAUGCAAGUCGGAGGCGCCGAUCACCUCCUACGUGGGCACCAUCAAGUUCAUGGCCGAGCUUGGAGUCCCCAACCUUCCCUUGGACUCCAAGGGAACCUACUUUUCGGAAGGGGAGGCACUGAAGCGGUUCGCCAAGGUUCUACCGGCGAUGAUUGUGCUGCUGCAUGACUUCAAGCACGCGCUCUAUGAAGUCGUGACCUCUUUCAAAUUCCACUUCAUGCUUUUUUUCCUUGCCGACAUUCUUUCGGUGCUCAACGAGCUCAACACCAAGUUCCAGAAGCAGCAGGUGAUCUGUGGUGUCCACGUGGUUGCUCUUGUUGACAUCACGGUGGUCGCGGGGGAGGUGUCGCUAGCAUGCCGGACUAUCGAAGUGCGUUACGUGGACUGGGAGGAUCGUUUCGGCAACGAUCAGUCGCCCAUGCUCUGCGCGUUCCUGAAGAGGCACGGCAACUCGGACCACCGCGAAGUCACCGUCAAAGGCGUGGACCAGAAUGGUGACGCUGCAGAUCACAAGUUCACGCUACAGGAGCGUAAAAUCCUAGGCCAUAAGACUGGCAGCGACUACUACUCCUGCAAAGUGGUGUGCCGGGAGUUUGCGAAGGCCUGCGUUGGGCGUCUCGAGUUCCGCCUGGAAGACCUGAAGGACCUGGCCGGCUCCAAGAUGUUCCGGCCGUCGUGCUAUCCCGACGACAACACGCAGCGGAUGAAGAAGUGCCGCGAGUGGUUGGGCAUGUUAGACCACAUGUUUCACCACCGCCUCUUUGGUACGCCACCUGACUGUGCUUAG